AUGAUGCUUCCCUCGAGAACUGCGCUUUUCUCUCUCUUCAUUCUCUCUCUCUUAACCGGAAUCCUCCCUUCCACCGCCGUGCCAGACACCGGCGGCACUACUACCAUCGGCUUCACCUACUCCGCCGCCGUGGACAACUCUCCACCGCCUGAGCAUGUCGUUACAGCACUUCAAUCUCUCAAUAUCCCCGCCGUACGCCUCCUUAAUCCGAGUCCAACUUUAAUCCGAGCAUUUUCCUACUCCAAUAUCUCCCUGCUACUCACCGUCCCAAAUUACCUCGUCGGAGCCUUCGCUGCCAAUCGCUCAGCUGCUACUCUUUGGGUUUAUAACAAUGUACUUCCGUUUCAUCCUCGUGCUCGGAUUUCACUCAUUUCAGUUGGUUCCGACGUUAUCUCUUCCACCGGCGGUCCCGGAAUUUCCGAUCCUACCACUGCCUUAGUCCCUGCUAUGCAAAACUUACACCACGCGCUUAUUGAUUUGGGAAUCCGUACUGUUUCAGUUUCUACUACUUUCUCCUUCAUCAACGUGAUUACAACGGCGUUUCCUCCGUCUUCAGCUGAGUUCCAAGAGCCUGUUAACUCGCUUGUUAUCAGACCAGUACUUGAGUUUUUGGAGGAAACGAAUUCAUCUCUGUUAAUGAAUGUGUAUCCGUGUUCGGUAUCAUAA